GAGCAAACUCCCAAGAUUCACUCACUAGUUGUGAUCCGGAUUGCUUUGACCACCACCCUGAUGACAUACAGAGGCCCAUAGACAUGACAGGAGGCAUCUGUGUCUGUCUUGGGUUGUCCGAGUACACAGGGGUUUGAUUUGACCUUCGUCAUUCAUGUGAGAAAGGGAAUGAUAAAAUCCUUGGAAACACCAUGGGACUUGCUAUAAACCUUUAUAUAUUUUGUAACAUUGUCAUGUCAGUAGAGAGCUGGGCUCCAAAGCUGCCAGAAGAAAGGGAAUUGACUACCAACUGCUCCAACUUGUCUCUAAAUAAAGUUCCUUCUAACUUGGCGCCAGCCACAAUCACUCUGGAUUUAUCCUAUAACCUUCUCUUUCAACUCCAGAGUUCAGAUUUUCAUCCUAUGUCCAAACUGAGAGUUCUGAUUCUCUGCCAGAACAGAAUCCAACAGCUGGAUUUCAAGAUCUUCGCACUGAACAAGGAGUUACAAUAUUUAGAUGUGUCUUACAAUAGAUUGAAGAUUAUUACUUGGUAUUCACUGGAAGGUCUCAAACAUUUAGAUCUUUCUUUUAAUGAUUUUGACACCAUGCCUUUGAAUAAUUUGGAGCACAUGGAACAUUUGGAAACCCUGGGUUUGAGUGCAGCAACAAUACGAAGAUCAGAUCUCCAGAAAAUUGCUCACUGGCAUCUCCAUACUGUCUUCCUAGGCCUGAGAAUUCUUUCUCAGUAUGAAGAAGGUAGCCUGCCCAUCUUAAACACAACAAAACUUCACAUUGUUUUACCAGUGAACAUACAUUUCUGGGUUCUUUUAUGUGAUGGAAUCAAGACUUCACAAAUAUUAGAAAUAACUAACAUAGACGGCAAGAGCCAAUUUGUAAGGAACAGGACGCCACCAGUGCUCACUUUAGAGAAUGCCAAGGCAUCUACUCUUCUAUUGAAUCAAGUUGACUUGCUCUGGGAUGACCUUCUGCGUAUCUUCCAAUUUGUCUGGCAUACAUCCGUGGAAUAUUUCCAGAUCAAAAAUGUGACUUUGGGUGGUAAUGUGUAUCUUGACCACCAUUCAUUUGACUACUCAAAUACCACCAUGAAAGCUGUACAGUUGGAGCAUGUACAUUUCAGAAUGUUUUCUAUUCCACAGGAUAAAAUCUACUUGCUUUUUACCAAUAUGGAUGUGGAAAAUCUGACCAUAUCUGGUGCCCAAAUGCCACACAUGCUUUUCCCUAAUCAUCCUCAACACUUCCAGUAUCUAAAUUUCGCCAAUAAUGUCCUAAAUGAUGAUCUGUUUAAGACCCCUACCCAAUUGCCAUUCUUAAAAACACUCGUUUUGAAGGGGAACAAGCUGCAGACGUUUUCCUUAGUGAGCCGCUUUGCUAACAACACACCACUGAUGCAGCUGGAUGUGAGCCAAAAUCUAUUACAACAUAGAGAGGCAGAAGAUUGCCUGUGGCCAGCAACCUUGACCACCAUGAAUCUGUCAUCAAAUCAGUUUGCUGACUCUGUUUUCAAGUGCUUGCCCGCAAGUAUUCAAAUACUUGACCUGUAUAAUAACAAAAUUCAAACCAUCCCUACAGAGCUGAUUCAUCUGCAGUCAUUACGAGAGCUAAAUAUUGCAUUGAAUUUUCUCACCGAUCUCCCUGGAUGCAAUCAUUUCACAGGACUCUCAGUACUGAACAUUGAAAUGAACUUAAUCGUCAGUCCAUCUCUGGAUUUUUUCCAGAGCUGUCAUAAAAUCAAAACUCUAAACGCAGGGAAAAAUCCCUUCCGCUGUACUUGUGACUUAAGAGAGUUCAUCCAGUUUGAAAAACAUUCAGAGGAUGUGAUGGUUGGAUGGUCAGAUUCAUAUACCUGUGAAUACCCUUUGAAUCUAAAGGGGACUCACUUAAAAGAUGUCUAUCUCCCAGAAUUAUCUUGCAACAUCACUUUGUUGAUCAUCACCAUUGUGGCCAUCAUGCUAGUUUUGGGGGCCAUGAUAGCCUUCUUCUGCCUGCACUUUGAUCUCUUCUGGUAUGUCAGGAUGUUAGGCCAAUGGACACAGCACAGGGCCAGGAAGGCAAGGCGAGAACAGCCCGAGAGAAAUGCCCAAUUUCAUGCAUUUAUUUCCUACACAGAACACGAUUCUCUCUGGGUGAAGAAUGAAUUGAUCCCCAAUCUAGAGAAAGAAGAUGGCUCUGUUUUGAUUUGUCUCCUUGAGAGACAAGUUGACCCUGGCAAAAGCAUUGAUGAAAAUAUCAUGAGCUGCCUUGACAGAAGCUGGAAGUCCAUCUUUGUUUUAUCUCCUGACUUUGUCCAGCAUGAGUGGCACCAUUAUGAACUCUACUUUGCCUGUCACAAUCUCCUUCAUGAAAAUUCGGAUCGUGUCAUUCUUAUCCUACUGGAACCCAUUCCUCCAUACUGUAUUCCUGCCAGGUUUCCUAUGCUGAAGGCUCUCAUGGAAAAAAAGGCAUACUUGGAAUGGCCCAAGGAUAGGCGUAAAUGUAGGCUUUUUUGGGCAAACCUGAGAGCUGCUAUUAAUAUUCAUUUAUCAGAUGCUAGACAAAUGUAUGAACUUCAGACAUUCAUAGAACUAAGUCAAGAGUCCCCCCGAGGUUCUACUAUCUCUCUGCUAAGAACAGACUGCCUCUAAAACCCCCAACUCAUCCCCCACGGAAGUUAGGGACCACAUUAAGUAUUGGGAUGCAAAUGGAUACUAAAAUUAGGAUUGGAAUUUGGCAAUAUCUAUUAAAAUGAAAAAAGUUU